UGUGCCUCCCUCAACGGGAGACAGCCGCUGGCACUGCCGGGCCUGAGCUGCUGCCUCUGCCUAGGCAUUUGGAGGCGGUGUAAGGCCCUGCUGCGGAGCCGCGCGCUUCUUCGUGAGCUCCAGGGAGGGUCCCCGGUCGGUGAAGGCACGGGCCUGUUGUAAAUGUUUUGCGGAAGCGCAAUACAGACUGUGUGAUGUUGACAAAUGAGAUUUUCCCCAUGUGGGUCCUUUCUUCACUGGCCUGGGAAAUCCUGUUGGUGUCUCAAACUUAUUUCCUUACAGAAGUGCUACAGAUGCUGGGAAGUAGCACUGACUUACUACGCUGGCAACAGAGCUAAAAUUAUCAGUAUUUGAUGAUUGUAGGAAGGAAGAAGAAUGGAAGAUAAUUAUUUUAGACGACUUUACCACUAAACUACUGUCGUCAUGUGGCAAAAUGACUGAUUUACUGGCAGAAGGCAUCACUGCUGUGGAGAAUGUUUAUAAAAACCGUGAGCCUGUCCCUCACAUGAAGGCAAUCUAUUUCAUCACUCCGACCAAGAAGUCUAUAGAUGGUCUUAUAAAUGACUUUGUAAGUAAAUCAUCCAGCAAGUACAAAGCAGCUUAUGUCUACUUCACUGACUUUUGCCCUGACAGUCUCUUUAAUAAAAUGAAGUCCUCCUGCUCAAGGGCUAUAAGAAGGUGCAAAGAAAUAAAUGUUUCUUUCUUUCCAUAUGAAUCUCAGGUAUUUACUCUCGAUGUCCCAGAUGCAUUCUUCUGCUGUUACAGUCCAACUGUGGAAAAGGCAAAUGGUAAAGAUGCCAUCAUGGAAGCAAUGGCUGAACAAAUUGUUACAUUAUGUGCAACUUUAGAGGAAAACCCAGGAGUAAGAUAUAAAAGCAAGCCGUUGGAUAAUGCCAGCAAACUUGCACAGCUAGUUGAAAAUAAGCUUGAAAACUACUAUAAAAUUGACGAGAAAAGUCAAAUAAAGGGUAAAACCCACUCCCAGCUGUUAAUAAUUGAUCGUGGCUUUGACCCUGUGUCCACUGUACUCCAUGAACUUACCUUCCAAGCAAUGGCAUAUGAUCUGCUACCAAUUGAAAAUGAUACAUACAAAUAUAAAACAGAUGGAUCCAGUGGAAAGGAAAGGGAGGCAAUUCUGGAGGAAGAGGAUGAGCUGUGGGUGAAAAUUCGGCACAAGCAUAUUGCAGAUGUGUUAGAGGAAAUUCCAAAACUCUUGAAAGAAGUUUCAUCGAAGAGAAAAGCAACAGAAGGAAAAUUAUCACUAAGUAAUCUGGCCCAGCUAAUGAAAAAGAUGCCCCACUUCCGUAAACAGAUUACCAAGCAAGUAGUCCAUCUUAACAUAGCAGAAGAUUGCAUGAGUAAGUUUAAAUCCAGUAUAGAAAAGCUGUGCAAAACUGAACAGGAUUUAGCUCUUGGAACUGACGCAGAGGGCCAAAAAGUGAAAGACUCAAUGAGAGUCCUUCUUCCAGUUCUCCUCAACAAAAACCAUGACUCUUAUGAUAAAAUAAGAGCUAUCCUCCUUUAUAUCUUCAGCACAAAUGGAACUACACAAGAGAACUUGGACAAACUGAUCCAGAAUGUACAAAUAGAAAGUGAUAGUGACAUGAUAAAAAAUUGGAAAUACCUUGGUGUACCUGUUGUGGUCUCGUCUGCUUCUCAGCAACGCAGACAAUCAAGGAAGGACCGCUCUUCAGAAGAAACGUUUCAGCUUUCCAGAUGGACACCUGUUAUCAAAGAUGUUAUGGAGGAUGCUAUAGAAAACAAACUAGAUUCAAAAGAAUGGCCUUACUGUUCCCAGUGUCCUGCAGCCUGGAAUGGUUCAGGGGCAGUAAGUGCUCGCCAGAAGUCCAAGACUAGUUACCUGGAUGAUCGAAAGAGUGGUUCAAAGCUGAUAGUUUUUGUAAUUGGAGGCAUCACAUACUCUGAGAUGCGCAGUGCUUAUGAAGUUUCUCAAGCCUACAAAUCUUGUGAAGUUAUUAUUGGUUCUACUCAUAUUUUGACACCCAGAAGAUUGCUGGAUGAUGUAAAGAUGCUUAAUAAACCAAAGGAUACAGUUUGCAUUGUGGAAGAGAAACUGUAAUGUUCAAGCAGUACUAUUUCAGUAGUGAUUAACUAAAAAUGUAUUAAGAGAUCACUUCAUAUAAAUAGUAUGUAAAUAUUUUUAUGGAAUUAACUUUUCCAGUGAUGUAUUUGGGAAAGUACACACCCUCAACUAAUGGAGUAUCUUUUUAUAAUUUAAAUUUGCUGAUUUUCUUUUUGGAGUUAAAGGCAGGAAGAAGAGGGAAGAAGUGUCUAACACCUUGUUUUUAUGUUGUAUGGGUAUGGACAGCAUUUCGCAGUAAAAGUGCUUUCUGAAACUGACAUCUUUACCACCAGCAACAAAUCAUGCUAGAAUUUAGAAAUCAUCAUGUUUUGUAUAUAUACUAAUGGCUCUUUCAGUAAUUAUGAAAGCUUUCUAUGCUGGAAACUGGAGAGGUUUUCUGAAACUGACAUGAAAGUACCUAGACUUGGAGAAGUUUCAGAGGCAAAAGCUGUAAAUAUAAGCAUAUGGUAAGAUUAUUUCACAUGAGUGCAAUGUCUCUUGCAAUAUGUAAAAUUCAAUUAAAACAAUUUCUAUUAAAAAAGGAAA